GCGACCGUGUUGCGUCAGUCUCCACUUGACCUGCCAGCGGCUUGAGCGGGGUAUCAGAUAGGCGAACGUGCGUGCAGCGAUGGCAUCGGAUCAGGAAAUCUGUUAUCUCUGCAAGGAGGACCUCCGGGAUCCUGUGUCGAUUUCCUGUGGACAUGUUUUCUGCUCUGUCUGCCUGAACACCUACUGGGACCAUGCCGAACAAACGGGUUCAUACGUCUGCCCCCAGUGCAAGGUGUCCUACAGCAAGAGGCCCAACCCCCGUCGGGUGUCCCGGUAUUCCGGUGGACCCCGGGAGUCGUAUCCACCGCCGCCCCCGGAGCCGGACUACAACUACGCCGGUCCACAGGACGUGGGCUGCGACAUCUGCAUCGGGAAGAAACACAAGGCAGUGAAGUCCUGCCUGAUGUGCCUGGCUCACUACUGUGAGAAGCACCUGAAGCCACACUUCGAGUCGGCCACCUUCAAGCGGCACAAGCUGGUGGACGAGACUGGGCACCUGGACCGGCAGAUCUGCCCGCAGCACCAGAAGGGGCUGGAGCUCUACUGCCGCACCGACCAGAUGUGCAUCUGCGUCCUCUGCACCGUCAAGGAGCACAAAGGCCACGAUAUGGUGUCUGCCGAGCAGGAGAGGCAGGAGAAGCAGAACCUGCUAGGAGCCACCCAGGCCGAAGUUCAGCAGAAGAUCCACGAGAGGGUUAAGCAAAUGGAGGAGCUCCGACAAGCUCUGCAAGCUCUGAAGAGUUCUGCCCAGAGGGCCUUGCAAGAAAGCGAGAAGCUAUUUGGCGACAUGCUCCACUCCAUCGAGAGGAUGCAAGCAGAGAUGUCCAAGCUGAUCUCCUCAAACAAGAAGGCGGCCACUACCAGUGCAGAGGGCCACAUGGAGCGCCUUACGCAAGAGAUCGCCGACCUGAAGAAGCGGGAUGCUGAGCUGACGCAGCUCUCCCGCACCGAAGACCACAUCCACUUCAUUCAGAGCUUCCAGAUGCUCAUCGCCCAGACGGAGGCAGAGGAGUUACCCACCGUGACUGUAAAUCCAUACUUCUCCUUCGGCCCGGUCACCAAAACGGUCUCUGAGAUGAAGGUGCACCUGAACGAGUACACCAAUGAGGAACUUGUCAAGGUCGCAAAGACCGUGAACAAGAUGCCCUUUUGCCAGCUGGAUGAUCGAAAAAGAAGACGCACAAUGAAAUCAAACGAUGUGAGCCUCUACAAAACGCCUUCCCAGGAGCCUCGGCAGAGAGAUGACUUCCUAAAAUAUGCCUGCCAGCUCACACUGGACCAAAGCACGGCAUACAGACAGCUGUACCUGUCCAGGGGAAAUCGGAAGGCAACCCUAAAGAAGGAGCCUCAGUCAUACCCCGACAGCACCCAGAGGUUUGACUGUCUACCCCAGGUGCUGUGUAAGGAGCCCUUGUCCGGGGGCUGUUACUACUGGGAGGUGGAAUGGAGCGGGGAGGGGACAUCCAUUGGCGUAGCCUACAGCGGAAUCAAGCGGACAGGCUAUGGCGAUGGAUCACGCAUUGGGUACAACCGCAAGUCCUGGAGCUUGUUCUGCUCCGACUCCAGCUACUCAGCCUGCCAUAACAAGGAUCAGGUGGAGAUCAAAGCGCCGUAUUCGUCCCGCAUCGGGGUCUUCCUAGAUUUUUCCGCAGGCACGCUGUCCUUCUAUGGGGUCUCCGACACGAUGUCCCUAAUACACAAGUUCCAGGUCUCCUUCACCGAGACCCUGUAUGCUGGCUUUUGGGUCUGGUAUGAGUCUGCCAUAACCAUAUGCCAACUGUAAAUACAUUCUUAUGCAUUGUUUUAUUUUAGCAUUCUUGUUAAAUCAGUCUGACAAACAAAACGGAUAACGGCAUACUGUGAUUUAAAAGACAAACAAAAAUUACAUUCAAGGGGGAUGCGAAGGGUUAUUUAGCAUUUCAUAAAAUUAAAUUCAACAACUUUUUAUUAAUUUGGGUGAAAGACAUUUAUUUCUUGAGUUUUCUCUUUACUGUAAAUGACCCUCUAACAAUCACAUUUAUCAAUUAAACAACGGAUUAAUGAUUUUUUUUUCUUUUUAAAUAAUUUCUUAAAUGAUGAUAAACUUCUUAAUAAAAGAUUAUAAAUGGAA